AUGCCUUCGAUUCUCAUGUGCUUCCACGCGAGCGUUCAGCUGCAUGAGCCGGGGUUUGAGCAGUGGCUCAGAGCCAACGCGCCGCCAGCCAGCCUCCCCAAUGCUUACGGCUAUGCGGCUGCCCUUGACUUUGAGGUGGAAAAGGCCCAGACAGCCUUCUUGGAGUGGCCCCUGCUGCAUGAUGUGGAGUACGAGUACGUGGACACUCCAGCUAAGCUCUCCGCCCUUGCUGAGGACCUGAAUGCUUGCCGAGAGUGGAGCUUCGAUGUGGAAGCCCACAACGCCCGGACGUACUACGGGUUGGCGUGCCUCCUUCAAAUAUCCACGGAAUGGAAGGACUACGUCGUCGACCCCCUCGCCGAAGGCAUGUGGGACAACAUGGGCCUUCUCAGGGAUGCGUUUGGAAACCCGGACGUCUUGAAGAUCGGCCACUCCAUUCGCAGCCUGGACGUCCCCAGCCUGUUCCGCGACUUCGGCUUCGUCAUCGUCAAUGCUGUCGACACGGAGGAAGCAGUGCACGCUCUCGGAGGAAAGCAAUCCGCUCUAGGGAAAGUGUUGAUCGAUGCGGGCGUGAGGGAGCCUCACGACAUCGCCGGGAUGAAGCAGGACAUGAAGGUGAAAGGGGAGCAUGGGCGUGUUUUUUCCAGUUAG